CUGGUCAAUAUGGCCUUUAUGUGCGGUGGCGUAGCCAGCGCGUUUUUCUGGGGCAUCGUGGGCGAUGUAUUCGGCCGAAGGAACACAUUGACAAUGACACUUCUACUAGAUGGCGUGCUGACGCUGGCUCAAAGUACGGUGGCCGACUACCGAUGGUUGCUGGUCGCUAGGUCCAUCAACGGAUUCUUAAUAGGUGGUCCAUCAACGCUGACAUUCACGUACAUGUCUGACUUAGUUGGAGAGAGGAGACGGCAGUUCUACCUGACAAUAGUCGGGAUGAGCUUCGUUGGAGCCUGGCUCAUAUUACCAGCUGUAGCGUGGCUCAUUAUCCCUUUCAAGAUCGGCUACACCACCCUCCUGCCUAUCUACUCCUGGCGACUUAUGCUCCUCGUUUGCAGCCUACCAGGUUUCAUCGCUGGUAUUUGGACCUGGACCCUUCCAGAAAGCCCUAGGUUGCUCUCAGAUACGAAUAGGAGUGAUGAGGCGCUGAAGAUACUGGCCAGGAUUCAUAAGAAGAAUAGAGGGAAGACGGAAUUUAAGGUGAAGAAGUUGAUCCAAGACAACAUUUUCCCCGUCAAGUCACUUGGUGAGGAGGAAAGCAGAACGAAGACACUCUUCAUUGGAGUCUUAAAAGAUCUCAAAAUCUUCGUUUCCAAGAGCUAUGCCGUCAAAUCUAGCCUCAUCCUGUUCGCGUUCUUCGCUAAUAUGGCUGCCGGUUUCGGCCUAAACCUUUGGAUCCCAGCGUUACUCCUUCGCAUGCAAGGCCAAGAAUGUACAGCAGUGCCUCAGACCGCUAAGCUCUUCAAUGCAACCAACAGCAGUUGGAGCGAGAAGAACACAAGUGUUGUGGAUGUUGUUCAAUGCAGCGGCGAAAUCGGUGAUGAUAUCUUCACAUCCGGCCUAAUAGUAGGCGCCAUCUGCGUCCUAGGCAACGCGUUCUGCGCGCUCCUCUCACGCAGCGGCGCGCGCGGUGUGCGCUACUCCGCGGCCGCAUGCGCGCUAGCGUGCGCGCUUGCGUGCGGCGUGCUCGCUGCGUGUGCGUGCGCUUGCGCGAGUAGCUCCCGAAUAGCGGUGGCGGCCGCAGCCGCGCUGAAUGCCGCGUCGCUGAAUGGGAAUGUGCUGCUGAUUAGGCUACUGUUGCAUGCCUUGCCGCCUAAACUUAGUGGACUCGGAGUUUGCUGGGGAGCGUGGUGGGGCCGCGCUGGUGGUGUGGCCUCAAACCUGGCCGUUGGAGUCCUACUGACUUCUCAUGUCCCGCGCCUUUCAUCUCCGUUGCUGCUCUGCUAGCUAUAUCAAUCCUAGCCAUAAUGCUUAUAAAAAUGGACGAACAGAAAGAAGAAACAACGGAACCAGAGGCAGUAGAAAAGAGCACAGGAUUGGACAGAUACAUCUCGACGCACAUGUAAAGGAAAAACGUACCUAUUUAUUUGUUUGGAUUUAAAGUUGAUUUUCAAAGUGCCUUAUUAAGAUUAAGUUUUUGAGGAAGUUCAUAUUAUGUAGAAUGAGAAAGGAGGCUAAGGGCCGGUUGCAUCAAACCGUCUGUCACCGUUAAAGCGUUCGUUAAAUUUUAUUGUAUGGGAAGUUCCAUAGACGUCCGCUGCGUGACGAUGAUGUGUCUGUCAAAUGUAGUUGAUGAAACUGGCCCUUAAAGAUAAAAUGAAAUUGUCUUUUGGCUUUGCUUGUAGUGUGUAUGAAAACGAGGAGGCACACUGACAUUUUAUCCCGUCAGCACGGGAAGCAUGGUC